GUAUAUAAAACCUAGCCAUCUAUUGUUAGUUCUUAUUACUCGAAAAGCACAGCCAUAAUGGGUAGCUGUUCUUUCUUGACUUGCUUUCUUUAUUUUCUGGUUUUCAUGGCUACAAUCACAUCUCAAGCCAAAGCCGAUGUAACUUCACAAGACUUCCACUACUUCUGCGACUCCAACAACGACAGAGGAAACUACACAACCAACGGCAUCUAUAGCCAAAACCUCAACAGCGCUCUCAGCAUCGUCGCUCUCCAUGCCUCCAGAAAUGGUUUCUUCAACGUCUCCAUCGGCAAGGGCACAAACAGCGCCAACGCCAUUGCUCAGUGCAGAGGUGACGUCACGCCAACAGAGUGCACCAACUGCCUCGCCCAAACCAGAGCCAACCUCACCCGCGUUUGCAGCAACCGGAAGGAGGCCAUCGGCUGGUACGAGAACGAAAAGUGCAUGCUGCGCUACUCCGACCGCACCAUAACGGGCCUCGAUGAAAUUGGGCCUGCUUACUUCGUGUGGAACCUCAACGACGCACCCAACGCCGACCAGUUCAAUCGAGUGGUGAAGAAGCUUCUGGAUGGCCUCAGGGACACGGCGGCGUCGGCUGCCAAGGGUCGCAAAUAUGCGGUGUCGACUGCGACGGGCCCAGAUGAGCAAGUCAUAUAUGGGCUUGCGCAGUGCACCCCUGAUUUGAGUGGGCGUCAGUGCCUUGACUGCUUGGUCCAGUCCAUCGCUGAACUUCCACGGUGCUGUAAUAACAGGAUAGGUGCCAGAAUUAUUAGACCAAGCUGCUACGUAAGGUACGAAACCGAUUUUCUUUUCUUUGGGCCUCCUGCACCCGCCGCUUAACCCAACAGCUAUUUCCUUUGUUUGUAAGCUUUAAAUACUUAACUAACGUAGUUUUGUGAUUUUAAUAAAUAUAAUGUUUAGAAAAGUUUCAAUUAUAAUACAGUGUUUGGAUCAAGUACUAUAAGGCUCGUCUCUCCCUACCUGUAUUUCAUCA